AUGAGUUCCGCGGGACCGCUGCGCGCCGUGGGCGGCCUCGCACGUCGGCUGGCAGCGACCACUCUGGAGGUGUACAGUGGUUCGCCUUUCAACCUUCUGGACUACCUCGGCAGCUGCACGGACGCGGCCCUCUUCGGCUGGAUUGCGCUGACACGGUUGUCACUGCUGUUGUUAAUGUGGUUUAGUCGCACCGCGGCGCCGCUGCUCUUUCGCGCCCCCGGCAGAUCAUUUAUCUUCGACACGGGCGAGGAGCUCUACGACGAUGCGCGCUUUGCCAUGGUGCGGCAGUGGGACGGUGUGCACAUGUUCUUCAUCGCGCACUACGGCUACCUCUACGAAAACCAACUUGUGUUUUUCCCCGGUCUGCCGGCUCUCAUCCGCGGCGUGGCGUACGUGACGCAGACGGCUGUUCCGAUGCUGCACAAGCUGGCACCUGUAGCGCUGUAUGUGUGUGUCGUCAACGUGGUGGCCUCCUGCCUCGCCGGGGUGCUGCUGCGACGACUCGCCAUCUUAACCUUCUUGGGCCCUGAGGCGGUGCUCCAUACGUGUCGGUGGCGGCGACGGUCACGCGCCUCCUCGUCUUCCUCUGUCACCCGCGUCACCGAGGCAGCUAUUCGCUACCGGCUGCUGCACGGUCUGACCGGGACGUCUCUGGACGCCGCAGACCCGCAGGCGACGCUCCCGACCACCACGAAGGCGGUCCGCACCGAGCUGCGCCGCCGCCGUCGCGUCAUUGGCGCGGCGGCGCUACUGUGGAUCUUCACCCCCUCCAUGGUCUUCACAGUGGCGGUGUACACAGAGAGCCUGUUUGCCCUCACCACUAUGUUAGGUGUGUACUGCCUUGCCUGGUAUGAGCCGCUGCCGUGGGCAGUGCAGGAACGAAUGGCUGGCUGGCCCUCGACUACCUCCGCCACCACGAGCGCCACACGAAGACCGGAAGACGAGGACGCCGUCGUCGUGGGCCCUGCCUCGCUCGACGACGUGCUGAGCGAUCUGACCGGGGGCUCUCGAAACUGGCCCACCGUUGUGUGGAAGCAAGUCUUGAUCACCCCUGCAGAGACUGCGGCAUUGUUGCUCUUCACGCUAGCUGCGACCCUUCGCUCCAACGCCUUCACGUAUGCGGGCUUCCUUGCUUUCCCCGUCGUGGUGCAGCUUAUUCUGCCAGAGCUAUACGCAGCACAGUGCAGGACCACCCUGACUGGUCAGCGCGCCAAAGCGAUUUUGUCCGCAGCAACAGCUCCAGCCAACGAGGACCUGCCUGGUCAGACCUCCUCGCAGGUGGCAGAGCAGGCGCAACGUUCAUCUGCGCGGUCACCGCCAAACACAUCCACACCACGCGCAAGGAAGGCAGUCGUCUGUCGUGCCCUCUCGUGUCCGCAGCGGCGCCUCCCGCACCCUCUGCGCGCGCUCGUGAUCCUUCUGGAGUGCGUCGUGCUGUUCCUUCCUUACCUGGCCAUCAACUACCUCGGCUAUCACCGCUUUGUGACGCACGCGAGGGGGGCGUCUGAGCAGCCGCAGACGGGCCUCGCCUUUUUGGAGUUCUACCCAACGCUGCAGAAAAGGUACUGGAACGUAAGCUUCCUGUCCGCCUACACCUUCACAAACCUGCCGAACGUGGUGUUGGCCUUGCCGGUGGCCGUGCUGGUCGCCAUGUGCACCCACACCUGGUACCUCAGUCCCGCGUGGGAGGCCCGUGCGGGGGCGACGGCGCCAAACGCCCGCAGCGCCAACGUCACAUCGUUUGGGUCACGCUUCUGUGCGGCGGCGCUACCGUGGAUUCGCUCCUCCAACGUAGUGCACCUGCUCGCCCUGCUCGCCUUGGCCCUCGCAGCGAUGCACGUGCAGGUAACGAACCGCUUUGUCAUGGCAAGCCCUGCGCUGUACUAUUUGCUGGGUGCGCAGCUGGCAGAGCGACCAACGAGCUUUCUCAGCCAGCUGAUGUUGAUGUGGAGUAUUCUGUGGAGCAUCAUAGGUGGCAUUCUUUUUGCAAAUCACCUCCCCUGGACGUAG